GCGACGGGCGACAAAUCGAUGGUUGAGAAACACUUGCAGGAGGAAAACUACUUGUGUUGUGCUUUCCACCAGCGAAUUUUCAGGGUCAUUAUCCUUCCUUUCGCUUUGUUGGCUGUCUCACAGCAGAGAGGGCAACUAUCGAACCAUGCAAGACUCUCACAGAUAAGCAUUGGACUGCUUCACAAUCACUUGGCUAUUAUACCUGAUUCAAGAACCACCGAUCCCACAGGAGCGUCUUCCACCAGCUCCGAGAUCGACAGCGAGGUGCGACACUGUAACUUUAAGCAUGUUCUCGACUAUUGAAAAACGACUGACACAGUUAUAUUCCAGAGGACAAAGCCCAGAGCAAGACACUCUGGCGCAGUAUAAGGAAGAGGACUUCUUUCCUGCAUUAUUGGACCCACAUGCCAAUACUUCGGCCAGUGAUGCAGUGCUGUACGAUCAUUAUGAGGAGAAAGUGCGUCCUUGCAUUGACCUCAUUGACUCACUCAGAGCGUCGGGUUUGGAACAAGAUCUCUCUCUUCCGGCCAUCGCAGUGAUUGGAGACCAGAGCUCUGGAAAAAGCUCUGUCCUUGAGGCACUAUCUGGGAUAGCUCUACCCAGGGGCAGUGGUAUUGUGACGAGAUGUCCUUUGGAACUAAAGUUGAAGAAUGUCAAAGGGGAGAGUGCAUGGAGGGCCUGUAUCAGUUACAAGAGCUACAGCAAAGUACUGUCAGACCCAUCUGAUGUGGACAAAGAAAUUGUGAAAGCUCAGAACACCAUGGCUGGUGAGGACCUGGGAAUCAGCUCUGAGCUGAUCAGCCUGGAGGUGGAGUCCGACAAUGUCCCUGACCUCACUUUAAUCGACCUUCCAGGGAUCGCUAGGGUUGCAGUCGGUAACCAGCCACAGGAUAUUGGAGACCAAAUUAAGCAGCUGAUUGGAUCCUACGUUAAGGAAGAUAAGACCAUUAACCUUGUUGUCAUACCAUGUAACGUUGACAUAGCAACCACAGAGGCCUUGAAAAUGGCCCAGGAAGCUGACCCUACAGGAGAGAGGACACUGGGUAUAUUAACGAAACCUGACCUGGUUGACAAGGGGACAGAAGUAAACAUCCUUAAGGUAGUGAGGAACGAGGUUAUUGCCUUGAAGAAAGGUUAUCUGGUUGUCAAAUGCCGUGGACAACAGGAUAUUGAUGACAAAUUGACGCUGGUUGAGGCUUUAGAGAGGGAGAAAGCUUUUUUCAAGCAGAACAAGUAUUUCAGAACGCUCUUGGAUGAUAAUGUGGCAACAAUUCAGUGUGUGGCUGGCAGAUUGACUACAGAACUGGUCAAUCAGAUCCAGAAAACCUUACCAACAAUUCAGAGUGAAGUUCAACAGAAAAUUGCCGAAACCAGUAAAGAAUUGGAGAGGAUUGGACUGGGAGUGCCCGAGGAUAAUGAGAGAAAGAUGUCCUUCCUCAUCGAUAAGAUUAGAGCCUACAUUGGAGACAUUGUUAGCUUAACAAGUGGAGACUAUUCAAAAGAAUACAAUGACAACGAUAAACUGUACACCAUAGUGCGAAAGAUUUUUGGCAUUUGGAAUGAGCUGCUUAACAAAGACCAGACUGACUUCGAACAUAUAAUAAGAGAUAAAGUAACAGAAUAUACUGAGAAGUCUCGUGGGAGAGAAUUACCUGGAUUUACCAAUUACAAGAUCUUUGAGUCACUCGCCAAGAAUCAGAUCAUGAAGCUGGAAUCUCCCUCUCUAAACAUGCUGAAAGAAAUAUCAGACCUGGUCCAGUCAGUGCUUAACAAUAUGGCUUUGCUGCACUUUGAAGGUUUGCCAAAUCUAAUGAAAUCUGUCAAGAAAAAGAUUGAUGAACUUCAACAGGAGCAGGAAAUGGAAGCAGAGAAAAUGCUGAAGACUUUGUUCAAAAUGGAGAGCAUGAUCUACAGUCAGGACUUCAUUUACUGCAACAAGCUGAGAGAGAUUGAGAACACAUAUGAGGAACCAGAAGAAGAGGAAACCCCACAGCAGACUAGUGACAACACUGAAAUGACCAGCAUGUCUGUUCGUCUGGAGGCUUAUUUUAUGAUUGCUUCGAACCGACUGGCUGAUAUGGUCCCAAUGAUCCUUAAAUUCUACCUGCUGCUGGAGUUCGCAGACAAGCUAGAGCGUGAAAUGUUCCAACUGCUGCAAGGCAGUGAGCCGACUGAGAAGUUGCUGGUAGAAGAGGAGAGUAUCUUCGAGAGGCGCAGGUUCCUCUACAAUCGCCUGAAGAGACUGAAGGAUGCUCGGCAGAUCUUGGCUAGGUGAUAACAUAACAUGUCCCAUUGUUAGAUAUAAUGAACAUUCAAUAAACUAGAAAAUGAAUAGCAGUAGAUAACCCCACAUGUGUAGAUCUAUAUGGAAAGUACAUUAAUAAAGUGAAAAAAGCAUUCUUGACAUUUUCCAUUGAGUUCAGUGGUUUGCAAUUAGGUUAAAUUCAGUGUAGGGAUGGAAAUAGAAUGCAACAACAUUCAUUUAUGACAUUACAGAACUGUAUUUUAACUCCACUCACAUACUUGUUUCCAUAAGACAAGUUUCUUGCAGGGGAGAACUGCAACUCUUCUGGUAUUUCCAAACAAUGUUCUUUUUCCAAUCUAUGUUUAGUGGUGGAGCAUAUGUAUUCAGCGUGACUUUCGUCCCAGUGAACAACCUUGCUGGACUUUAGCACUGGCGAUGAGACUUGCCGAACUGAACUGGUUUGCCAUCAUAAAACUUUGAGAACUAUUCCUAGACUGGUUGGUUUGGGAACUAGCCACACACACAUACAUAGACUUUGGUUUAGUUUAAUCAAUAUCUAAUAUCUAACA